CCGAGAUCAGCUGGGCUGCCUGGCAUUACGGCGAAGCUACCCAUUUCCUUGACCGACCGCCGCAGCCGGGAGCGACCCAUGUCCCCCCUGGGCACCCCCGCCUCCUGCUGCUGCUGCUGCCCCCGCCGUCGUCGCCCGCCGCCUUCCCGGACCAGUUCUCCGGAAGGGAAGGAGCUGACCCUGCAGGAGCUGCCGGAGGACAUCUUGCUGGACGUGCUCUCCUGGGUGCCCAAGCGGGACCUGAUCCACCACUGCCGGCUGGUCUGCAAACGGUGGCGGUACCUAGUGGAUCUUCCCGUGGUCUGGAAGCGGAAAUGCGAGCGGCUCGGCUUCCCCCUGGAGCAGCUGGAGGGCAGCCUUCUGGACUGGAGGGUGUUUUUCUUCAGCCUGAGCAAGAGGAAUCUCCUGAGGAACGUUUGCGGAAGAGCGGGGCUGAGAUAUUGGGAACUGCGUCCCGCCGACUGGAUGGCCGACUGGAUGGCCGAGGAUGUCCCGCGAGGAUUCAAGAGGCAUUUUCUCAAGAUAUUUAAAAAGAAAAAAAAAUCUCCUCUCCCGGAUACGGUCUGGACUUGCUUCGUCCCAACCUGGCACCAGGAUCGUGGUCUGAGGUUUUUUGUGAAGAAGAGACAACGGAUCACUUUGAAGGACAAAGGAAUCCCGAACUGGAUGAUGGACGAAAUGAAGCCCAACAUCAUAGUGAAGGAUUGGUAUUUUAAUGUUGACAAUUCCCACUAUCAGUUGACGGUGAAGCUGCUCUCUUGUGAUGACCAAGUCCUCCAGGAUUGCUGCAAGAUGUUUGAAGUCCGAGAACAGGUUUCGUACAUCUUUGAAAAUUACCCGCCUGGAGUGCGCUAUGUCGAUUUUGAACACAGAGUGGGCUGGCGGUCCGAAGUGAAAGUCACCAACAGCAGCGUUGUCGUUGAUUUAGGAGCUGCAAGAACAUCUGCCUGCUUGGGAUUGUUUAUCACACCUAGGCGUGGCCCGUUUGGGUGUUUCCUCCCCUCCUGCGUCCAUCCCUCUCCAGUCCUCCUUGGCCAAACCAUGGCAGGCGCUCAAGAGCUGCCCGAUGACAUCCUGCUGGCGAUCUUCUGCCUGCUCCCCAUCAACGAGCUGAUCCAGAACUGCCGCCCGGUGUGCUCGCGGUGGCGAGAUGUGGUGGACAGCCCUUUCCUCUGGAAGCGCAAGUAUCAACAGGACGAUGCCGCACUGAGGAUGCCAAAGACCUUCUACAUUUUCUGCCACAUGGAGAAGAACCUCAUCAAGAACCCUUGUGGUGAUGAAGGACUGGACUUUUGGGAUACGGCCACGCCUUCAAGUGGGCAGUGGAAAGUUAAAGAUGUCUUUGAGAAGGAUUUGGCAAGGAUCCAGGCCUGGGACUUUCUUCAGAGGAAUAUUUAUAUAAAAGAUGAAUACAUACCCUAUCAAGACGUUGAAAAAUGUUUUGCUGCGUAUAACGGGCUCUGCACAAAGUCUCAGCUCAUCACUCUGAAGGAUGAAGGUUACUGGGAUCAGCUGAUGGAUAACGGGAGACCCACCAUUGUGGUGAAGGAUUGGUUUUACAGCAGCUUCAACAACCACUACACGUUUUGUGUGAAGCUGCUGUCCGAGGAUUUCCAGGUCAUUCGAGAGUAUCACUCGAAGAACAAAUACAAAUACGACUCGGAGUACGAUGGUGAAUGGCGUCAGGUAAGAGAAGGGGACCUCCAGGGAUGGCUGCCCUCUUUUCCACCCAGAGCUGAGGUUGGUCUCAAAGCCAACUCAUGUUGGCAAUCUCUCUCUCUCUCUCUUUCUCUAUUUUUUCUCUCCUCUUUUUCUUUUUUUUCUUUCUUUUUCUCUCCUCUCUCUUUCUAUUUUUCUCUCUAUAUAUUUUUCUCUUUUCUCUCUUUCGUCUCGCACGCUUUUCAUAACGUCCCUCCUGGAAUCCGUCACAUCUUCUUUCAGCACCAAGGCCAGCAUUUCAACUGGCAGCAAUCGAGUUGCGGCACCAAGCUCAUGAAGUGCUUGAGGAUGGCCAAAGAGAGGGGCAAAUCGAAAAGAAUGAGGAUUACCAAAACGAGCGUCACCGUCGGACCGUUCUCCCUAGACAAGGCCAUGCACAACAGACACGGCCGAGACAUUAGACACUGUCACUACAGUGAGUGUCCCUGUCGGGGGAAUCUCAUCCAUUGGUCUGUAUCCAAGAGAAGCUUGAGUGUCCGCUGCUGACCCAGGUUCAAACGUUCUCUGCUCUUCUCUUAGGUUGCACCCGAGAGGGCAGACACAAAAGCACAGGUGU